CAAAUGGACUUGUCCGGUGCAAAAUUCGUGCCCAUGCGUGUUUCACACUCGAACUGAAACACAACUUCGUAUCAAUCAUCGACCCAAAGUACCUAAAAAAUGUCUAUAAAUAGAAGAGUCUCAAACCAAUUCGAACGCAAGCCAAUUAGAGAGAGAUGGAAGUCAUGCAAGUAUUACACAUGAAUGGAGGAAUGGGAGAAACAAGCUAUGCUAACAACUCAUUGCUUCAGAGAAAGGUGAUAUUGAUGACGAAGCCCAUAACCGAGGCAGCUGCUACUGCUCUCUUCUCCACUGCUGACACCGCCUUCCAUGCAAGCCUCGCAAUCGCGGACUUGGGCUGUUCCUCUGGCCCCAACGCUCUCUUUGCCAUGUCUGAGAUCAUCACCGUCAUGAUCAAUCUCUGCAAGGCUACGAACCACGAGCUGCUGGAGUUCCAAGUGUUCUUGAACGAUCUCCCCGGGAACGACUUCAAUACCAUCUUUGCUGGCCUCUUGCCGAGAUUCCAAGAGAAGCUGAGUGAGCAAAUGAAGGGUAAGUAUGGAGCAUCGGCGACCUUCUCGUGCUUCUUCAAUGGGGUUCCUGGUUCCUUCUAUGGGAGAUUGUUUGCUCGGGAGAGCAUGCACUUGAUUCAUUCUUCGUACAGCCUGCAUUGGCUGUCUCAGGUCCCAAUAGGAAUAGAGGGAAACAAAGCCAACAUAUACAUUGCCAGAUCAAGCCCGCCGGGGGUGAUUAGGGCAUACUACGAGCAAUUCCAAAGGGACUUCUCAAUGUUCUUGGAGUGUCGUGGGCAAGAGUUGGUGAUGGGAGGGCGUAUGGUUUUGACCAUCCCGGGUCGAAGAAGCGACGAUCCUUCAAGCAAAGAGUGUUGCUCCAUUUGGGAGCUCUUGGCUAUUGCUCUCAAUGAGAUGGUCUCCAAGGGACUCAUAGAAGAAGAGAAACUAGACUCCUUCAACAUCCCUCACUAUACUCCCUCACCAAAAGAAGUACGACUGGAGGUCCAAAAGCAAGGCUCUUUCUCAAUCGAUUGCUUGGAGGUGUCCGAAGUGAAUUGGGGUGUAUUUGACUCGGAUUUCGACCCUAAUGUCGUAUCGGAGGAUGGGGGAUACCAUUUGUCCAGGUGCAUGAGAGCCGUGGCCGAGCCCUUGCUUGUCGAUCACUUUGGUGAAGAGAUCAUCGAUGAGGUCUUCAAGAGAUAUGGGGCUCAACUUGCCGCUCGUAUGUCCGAGGAAAAUCCUGCGUUCGUCAAUGUCGCCAUUUCGCUGAAGAACAUCGCCUAGAUAAGUUACAAAAGCUUGCGAAUAGAUACACUACAGAUGUAUGUUCGUUCUAGUGAAGUUGAAAUAGGAACGUGUCAAGUGUGUUUACAAUUAUAGUUUGAAGAAGUUGUGGCUGUUUCACCUGUCUGACUUCAUAUAUCUUAUCUUAUGUGAAGAAAAUGGAAGAGACUUCCAAGUUGAAGGGCUUGACAUUUGGAAUUGUGUUUCGUAGAUUUUUCUAUGGCAUAUCCCACGAUGCAUUGGUUUAAUGGAGCAAAUGUGGUGCUUUCUUGAUUUUUUUUGUGCUAGGAGAAAAAAAAAAAAGAGCUAGUUGAAGUAUCGACGAAUCAUAUGAAAGGUUUUACUCCAACAUGUAAGUAAGAAUGUAAACAUGUAAAAAAAAAAUUUAAUGAAGCCAUCUAAUUUUAAGAA